AUGGAUUCUAAAAAAAGGAAAUAUUCAAGUUCUAGUCUUGCUUCUAUUAUUCUUAAUAGUAAUACAAAAGAAAAAAAAAUUAAAAAGCCUACAUUUAUAGAGGCUGAAGAUAUUUCAUCUGAUUCAGAUAUUUCCUCAAAUGAAAGAAGUAAUUCAGGAUUGUCAACAAUAAAAUCAAGGCAAAAAUUAAUAUCACCAAAAGGAAUUGAUUUUAAUUUUAGUAGUGAAUCAGAAUCAGAAAGUGAAGUUGAUGAUGAUGAUGUUCCUUUAUCUAUAUUUAAAGAAUAUACACCUUUACCAAUAACAGAAGAAGAUAUCUUAAAAAGUUUUGAAUUAAAAGGAAUUGAAUAUAAAAUUGAUAACCCUCCGUUAAUGGCUCAUGAAUUGUUAACAUUAAAUUGCAUAGAUGACGACAAAUAUUAUGUAAAAGAUAGAAAAAAUCCUUAUAAUCUUUUACAAUCGGAGAACUUAAAAAAUUUGCUUGAAUUAUUUAAUGAAAAAAUUAUUGAAAAACUUAUAAAUGAACGUGCUUUACAACCGGAAACUAAACCAUUCCAAUCCGAUAAUAAUACCUGUGAAUGUGAAUCUGAUUCUGAUGAUGAUCAUGAGCUUGUUAGAUUAAAUCAAAGAGAAAAAAAAACUAAAAAAAAUGUUAAAAAAGUUUCAAGUAAAAGAGAACAAAUUGCUACAUAUGAAGUUUUAAGGAAACGUUCUUAUAGUGCUGGAAUGAAUAAAGAAAUAGUUUUUAAUGAACCUGGUCAAAAAAAUAAUGGUGCUUUUUGUUAUUGUUCUAAAAGGCAUAGUUCAAGUGGUAUGAGACAUGGAUAUUAUCCAAAUGAAAAACCUAUACCAAAAUGUAAUUUUCAAUCAAAUGAAAUUGAUAAAUUGCAUCAUUAUAUUUUAAAAAUUAAAACUCAAUUACAUGGUUCUUCAUAUAAUCAAACAGUUAUAAAUUAUAAUAAUACUAGGUAUUGUUUUGAGGGAUUUUCAUUAUUUUUUCAUCAAAAUAUACCAAAAAAUGUGACUCAAUGUUUUGAACCAGUUAUUUUGGAGGAUGGAACUGUUAUAGAAUAUGAAUUAGUUAGUGCAAAAAAUGAAAUUAUGUAUACUGUUGGGGAAUUAGAAUAUUUUUAUCAAUACUUUUUUGUAGGUAUAAUGGAAAUGUAUGAUUUACAUUGGUUUCCUAAAUCAUGUAAAUUUCCAAAUACUGAAAAUAUAAGUUGUAAAAUUGUUCAUGUUUUGCCAAGAUUUAUCAAUGAUAAUACCAUUUUAUCAAUGGCUAAUAUUAUUAAAUGGAUGAUUGAUACAUUUAAACCUGUCUGUACACCUGAUGUAGCUGUUGCUGUACAGACAAAUGUUCAUGCAUUAACAAAAUUACGAAGAAAUAAUAUUGGAAAAAUAGUUGUUAAUUUUAAUUUACGUCCUUGUGCUAUAAGAGUUGAUGAUAUUUCAACAAUAGAUACAGAUGACAAAAAAAGUAAUAAAUAUCCAAAAAUAUAUCAUCGAACAACAAAAAUUCCUGAGUAUUCACAUGUUCAUGCAAUUGAAUAUCAAGAAACAAAAGAGAGAGCAAAUAAACUUCAAAGUAAACUUGAUAGAAGAGGAAUAAUAAGUGAAGGAGAGAAGUAUGAACUUAAGCAAUUAAAUGAAAUUUUAAAAGAUUAUAAAAAUUUGUCAGGUCGUAAAAAAUGUCGUGAGGUGUCUAUGUCGAGUAAUAAUUAUUUUUGUACAAACAUUUGUUCAGACAUGAUUGAACAUGCUGUUGUUUUAAUAUCAGUUAUUUCACUUGUACGAUUUAAUAAUUCUUUAGAUACUUUAGAAAAAGAAAAAUUAAAAUAUACUUUUAAAGAUAGAAGAUUACUUAAAUUGUCAUUAACACAUGUUUCAAAAUUUCAUCAUAUGGGUACAAAUCCAGAUCAUAUUAAAAAUGUUUUAAGAAAUUUAGGUUAUAAAAGACAAAAAAAUAAAAAUGAAUUUAUUAAUUCAAGAGAAAAAAGAAGGGAAAGAGAUAUUGCUAUGCAAAUAAAUAGACAUCCAAAUAAUGAAAGAUUAGAAUAUCUAGGAGAUACUGUAUUAGAAGUUAUUGUUACACAUCAUCUAUUUUUAACAUUACCAGAUAUUCAAGAAGGUGGUAUGGCUACAUUUAGAUCAGCAAUGGUACAAAAUAGAAAUUUAGCAAGUUUAGCUUCUAAAUUAAUGUUAGAUCAUUAUAUGCUUUAUGCUCAUGGUCCAGAUUUAUGUAAUGAAACUGACUUUCGUCAUGCUAUGGCUAAUACAUUUGAAGCUGUUAUAGGUGCAAUGCAUCUAGAUGGUGGUACCAGAGAAUGUAAAAAUAUUAUUGGUAGUUGUAUAUUUGAUGAUUGUGAAAUUUCAUUAAAAUUAUGGAAUUCACCACCAAUGUAUAAUCUUCAAGCAAAAUAUAAAGAUGGUGAUAGACAUUUAUGUGAAAAAUAUCCAUAUUUAAAUUCACUUCAAAGAUUUGAAAAAGAAAUUAAUAUAUUUUUUAAAAAUAUUCGUAUACUAGCACAAGUUUUUUGUAGAACAUCUCUAUGUAAAAAUGCUUUAACAGAAGGUGACAAUGAACGUUUAGAAUUUUUAGGUGAUGCUGUAUUACAAUUAGUUAUAACAGAAUAUUUAUAUCAAAAUUUUCCUGAUCGUGAUGAAGGUUAUAUGUCUCAAUUAAGAACUUGUCUUGUUUCAAAUAAAACACAAGCUUGUGUUUGUGAUGAUCUUGGUCUUCAAAGAUAUAUUAUGCCAAGUAAACCAAAUGAAGAUGUUUGUUCAAUACAAAUGAAAAUGAAAGAUAAAGCUGAUUUAGUUGAAGCAUUAAUUGGAGCAUUAUUUAUAGAUAGAGGAAUUGAUAUUUGUAGACUUUUUAUACGUGAAAUGUUUAUGUCAAGACUUCAUUAUUUUAAAGAUGAUAUGACAUGGAAAGAUCCAAAAAGUUAUUUACAACAAUAUUGUCUUUCAAAACAUCUUAAACCUGAUGGUAGUUCUACUGGACUUUUACCAAAAUAUAAAGUUCUUAAAAAAGAUAUUUAUAAUAAAACACACUAUCAUUUAGUUGCUGUAUAUUUUAAUGAUAUACGUGUUGGAAGAGGUUUAGGGUCAAAUAUUGUUGAUGCAGCUCAAGCGGCCUCUUCAGCAGCAUUAGAGUAUUUAGAAAGAAAAGAUGUUCAAGCCAAAGUAUUCAAGUUCGAUCCAAAUAGAGAUUAUUCACAAGCUUAG